GGGUGGGAGAUGCAACAAUGGCCUUGAGAACAGCAGGAAGUGUGUUGGUGGUCUUUAUCUGGUCUGUAGCAGUGGUACUGGGUCAGAAUGGCUGGAGUGUUACAUACACCACUCAGAGUAUCUGUACCUUGAAGGGGUCAUCAGUGGAGAUGUCCUGCUCUUACACAUAUCCCAGUGGUUAUAUGGUCACAACAACCUUCUGGUUCACUAAAUAUGAUGCUGAGGGGAAUCCUGUGAGUCUGUUAGAUGACCCAGACUACUAUGGUCGUUUGACUUACCAUAGAGAUAAGAAGAAUAGCCACACCCUGAGAAUCACAGACCUGAGAGAGAGUGACUCAGCUACAUACAAGUUCAGCUUUAUAACAGAUCAGACCGGAGGGAAAUAUACUGGUGAUCCUGGAGUCACUCUGUCUGUCACAGACCUGCAGGUGAAGGUGACUCCAUAUUCACAGAUUCCAACAUGGAGGAUACUGACCUGUAGCACCACCUGUAUUCUGACUGGUAACCCCACCUACAUCUGGUACAAGAACGGACAGGUUGUUACUGAGAACACUUUACCCUACUCAGUCUACCCUUAUGCUGCAGACAGCUACUCCUGUGCUGUAAAAGGCCAUAAGGAUCUCCAUUCUCCUGCAGUCUGUGUUGAUGGUCAGAGCUGCAGCAGAGUGACUUACACCAAGAGGAGAAUGUGUGUCUUGAAGGGGUCAACAGUGGACAUAUCCUGUACUUAUGUUAGUUAUUAUUACACCACAUCAACAUUCUGGUUUAGAAGUGAUACGACGACCCCUGAGGACCUAACAACAGACCCAGUGUAUGCAGGUCGUGUGAAGUACCCUGACAAAGAGAGAUGGAGUUUACAACGUCCCUCCAUCCUGAGAAUCACAGAUCUGAGAGAGGUGGACUCAGCUGAGUAUCGCUUCACUUUUAAAACAUACAACUUUGAAUGGGGUCAUAGUUUCCCAGGAACAACUCUGUCUGUCACAGGUCUGCAGGUGAAUGUGACUCCUGCUGCAGAGGGACAAAGGACACUGACCUGUAGCACCACCUGUAUUCUGACUGGUAACCCCACCUACAUCUGGUACAAGAACGGACAACGUCUACAUGAGCCUGCUUCCCAACAACACUCUAGUGAUUUGCUGGUGGUCUGGGAUUCUUCUGUGAACAUUUACUACUGUGCUGUUGAAGGUCAUGAGGACCUCCCCUCUCCUGUAGUUUGUUUACAGGUGAAGGUGACUCCUGAACAGUAUUCAGAGUAUAAGACACUGACCUGUAGCACCACAUGUAUUCUGACUGGUAACCCCACCUACAUCUGGUACAAGAACGGACAGAUAGUAACUGAGAACACUUCCCCCUAUUCAGUCUACUCUAAUGCUGUAGACAGUUACUCCUGUGCUGUAAAAGGCCAUGAGGGUCUCCACUCUCCUGCAGUGUGUGUUCAGGGUCAGAGCUGCAGCAGAGUGACUUACACCAAGAGGACAAUCUGUGUCUUAAAGGGGUCAACCGUGGACAUAUCCUGUACUUAUGUUGGUUAUUAUUCCACCAGAUCAUCAUUCUGGUUUAGAAGUGAUAAGUUGACCCCUGAAGACCUAACCACAGACCCAGGGUAUGCAGGUCGUGUGGAGUACGCUGGAACAUACAACGGUCCCUUCACCCUGAGAAUCACAGAUCUGAGUGAGGAGUACUCAGCUGAGUAUCGCUUCACUUUUAAAACAAACUACAUUGAAUGGGGUCAUAGUUUCCCAGGAUCAACUCUGUCUGUCACAGGUCUGCUGGUGAAGGUGACUCCUGCUGCAGAGGGACAGAAGACACUGACCUGUAGCACCACCUGUACUCUGACUGACAACCCCACCUACAUCUGGUACAYGAAUGGAUGGAAUGUACAAGAUAACUCCUCCCCCAUGUACUCCAUCAGCAGUGGAGCUGUAGACAGCUACUUCCUGUGCUGUAAAAGGCCAUGAGGAU